ACAUCCCAUUGUGCUGGCCAGAAAUAGCUCCACAUCAAUCACAUUUCAGCCUCGUGAACGUCACAUGAGCUCACUCCCGUCGUGAGGUCGUGAUCUUUUCAGCGUAGCAUUCGUUCCGCAGGGACAAGUCUUCGAUUGCUUUUGACAAUGACUCGUUCUAUGUUUGCUGUACUCCUCAUUCAUCUCCUGGUCUACUGCAGUUAUGGAGAAGCAGACGAUAACAAGCCCGAGCAAAUACACGUCGGUUUUACGGGAAUUUCCAGCGAGCGAAUCGUUAACUAUGUGACUCCCUCGCCGACCUUGAAGCCAGAGACAAUCGUGGCAUAUGGCACGAGUCCUAACACGUUAAACAAGAAAGUGACUGGGGAUUCGUUCGUGUUUGGUACCGGAGGACAUAAUUUUACCAUUCAUAAUGUGAAGUUGACAGGUCUCGAACCAAACACCCGCUAUUACUACCAAGUUGGUGUCCCGGACAAUGGAACAAGUGAAGUCAUGUCUUUUCAAACUAAAGACGGAAACCUAGUCUUCGCGGUAUAUGGUGACAUGGGCUACACAAAUUCUGUCAGUCUUAAUCGACUCAUACAGGAAGUGAACAGCGGAGGGUAUGACACCGUAAUUCAUGUCGGAGAUAUGGCCUACGACAUGUACGAAAAAGACGGAGACACUGGAGAUAACUUUAUGAGGUCUAUACAGCCCAUUGCCACAAAAGUACCCUAUAUGGUUCUCCCAGGAAAUCACGAGUAUAAGUAUAACUUCACCCACUACCUUCAUCGUUUUUCUAACAUGGAGCUGGGUGUUGGACAGACGAGCGGAAGUGAGACGAGUCUUUGGUGGAGUCUGGAUAUAGGCCUCAUUCAUUUCGUAGGUUUUGACACUGAAGUGUACUACUAUUACUCUGAUAAGGGUCAAAUUCAGAGACAACUCAACUGGCUUGAGGCUGACUUGAUUAAGGCCAACCAGAACAGAGACAAGACGCCAUGGAUUGUUUCUCUUGCCCACAAGGCGUGGUUUAUGGAGAAGACAGACUUCUCAGAUUUUGGACCUCUUAUGCACAAGUAUGGUGUCGACCUACACUUAUGUGGCCACGCACACAACUACCAGCGGCUUUACCCAACGUACGGCGGUAAACUGGAUAACCAAACCAAAGAACACGUUUAUAUUAACCCAGCUUACCUGACGACCAUAGUAGCUGGAUCUGCGGGCUCAAAGGAAAAGCUUUCAAGCGGUUCCGCGCCUAAAAAGGAUCUGGCAAAAUACAUCGAAGAUUACGGCUAUGGCCACCUGCAGGCCAUUAACAGGACCCAUUUAUACUGGACUUGGGAGAACACCCAUGAAAAUGUACGGUCUGUGAUGCAGGACUAUCUUUGGAUCGUGCAAGAGCACCAUGGCAUGAGGGGCCUCUACCAAGAAAAGUAUGAACUCCCGAACGAGGAAGACAUUCAAAUAUGAUUUUUGAACGAAUACAGUAAAAGUAUAUAGUAGACUACGGAAAAGCCCUUGUGUGAACAACCAAUUUCAGUAGCCUUUUUACAGUUUAUGUACUACGAAAUUACUUGUUGCCUGUUUUCGAAGUAGAAAAAAUAAACUAAAAUAAAUCUGCGCAUUACUUC